GUGAGGGAGGCAUGUUGGGAUUCAAUAUUGCAAUGGGUUCCUCUCUGCACAGUGGAUAUUUCUUGUGGAUGACUAGAAAGAGUGUAAGCUGCAUUAUUCAGUAUUAAAGGUCUUCUGUGAUGUCUGAGCUACAUGUAUCAAAGGAUUUUGACAUUCCCAGUGUAGCCUUUACAUCACAAGAAGGCCAAGAAAACAGGAAACUAAAAGUCACUUUGCUGAGCAGUGAGUGGAGAUCAUCAACUGAUGGAGACCUGUCAACCAUAAACAGGGAGCUUGCCAUACAGUUAGCUAAACACUCCAAUGUAGAAGUUAGUGUCUUUCUUCUGCAAUGCAGUGAAGAAGACAAGAGCAAUGCAGCAAGUCAUCAUGUGCAAAUUGUUGAAGCUGAAAAAGUGAUUGGUUGGAAUCCAGUUGACUGUCUGAUUAAUGUCCCUGAGGGACAUGUCAUGGAUUGUGUAGUAGGACAUGGAGUAACUCUUGGCAAACAAGUGCAGGUCAUCAGAAAACAUCACCAAUGCAAAUGGAUCCAAGUUGUUCACACCGCCCCGGAAGAACUUGGAAUGUACAAAAGCAUUUCACAAGGUGAACAACUGCAAAAAGCAGAAGUAGCAUUGUGUGAGAAGGCUGAUCAAGUUGUGGCAAUUGGACCCAAGCUGGCAGACACUUACAAGCGGUACCUUCGUUGCAGUAGAAAGGAGCAGAAUGUUUUUGAUGUCACUCCAGGCAUAUUCUCUGAAUUUUUGGAUGUGGAGCAAGCCAUUGAAGAAAGAAGAACAUUCAGUGUCCUAGUCAUUGGAAGUGUUGACAGCUCUGAAGAUUUCAUCUUGAAAGGUUAUGAUCUUGCAGCUCAAGCAAUUGCUGAGUUGAAAGAUAAAUCCUACCAGCUCAAGUUUGUUGGUGCACCAAGAGGGAAAGGAGAUGAAAUAGCACAAAAGCUUCUUCAGCAUGGUAUUGAUCAUAAUCAGCUAACUGUUCGCAGCUUCAGUGACAAGAGAGAAGUGUUAGCCAACCUAUUCUGUGAGGUUGAUCUUGUCAUAAUGCCAUCCAAGACUGAAGGAUUUGGUGUUAAUGCUCUGGAAGCCUUAUCAGCGGGUUUACCUGUACUUGUCAGUGGUAGUUCAGGAUUUGGAGAAGCUCUGAGGGAGAUGCCUUUAGGACCCCAGUGUGUGAUUGACUCUGAAGAUCCUAAAGUCUGGGCAAGGGAAAUCAAGGCUGUGCGACGUAAAAAGAGGAGUGUGCGACUUGAAGAAACAUUGUUUCUUCGUAAAAGGUAUCUUGAGAUGUACAGCUGGGAAAAGCCCAUUAGAAGUCUUGUAGAGAGGAUGUACAGUCUAGUAUUUGGUUCAGAAAACAGACCACAUAUUGCAACUGGAGUUAAAAGGCCAGCUUCUUCUGAUUUUCUUGAUCAUCAUUCCAAACGAUUUGAAAGAAAACAGAUUAAAUAUGAUCACCUUGAAGGCUCCUCUGGUGGUUACUCAUCUCAUUUACCAACUGAAUAUGGACAGUUUUCUCUUCCUUCAGCCUCUGUGACUCAAGGCAAACCUGUUCAUGAGAGAAGUCACGCUCAGGAUUACCCGGAACAACUUGUAGAGCUGAUCAGACGAGAGUACAGGGGCGCUGUACUGUGUCCCUUCCCCUGGUGUGAGGAUGAAUUGCAAUUCGAACUGUCCAAGAUCUUUACAAGACUGAUGAUCGUUGCCCGGAACAAAGAACGAGCAAAGUUAUCCGAGAACCUCGUCAGAAUGACUGAUGUCUUUGAACCUCUCAAAAAAUGUGACUGCACAUCUCAAUGUAAAUGCAAACGUGAAAAACCAAUAGUGAAUUCGAUCGAGGGGCCACUUGGGAUGGACGAAAUCGUUUACCGUCGGAAGCUUGCAUAUGAUCGGUUAGUGGGGAAAAAUGUAACUGAACGUUUUUUCUUGGAAGAGGCCAUGCCUCUGUGGCCAACGAAAUGCGACUGCACAUCUCAAUGUAAAUGCAAACGUGAAAAACCAAGAGUGGUGUUGAUCGAGGGACCACCUGGGAUAGGUAAAACCACCUACUGUCAGAAGCUUGCAUAUGAUUGGUCAAUAGGGGACAUAACAACUGAAUCUUCUUUUCCUAAAGUGGACAUGCUUCUACGGCUGACGUGUCGCGAGAUGGAAACUUCUAACAUCGAAGAUGCUAUUGAAGAUCAGCUACUACCAAUUAAUGUAGACAAGAAAGACAAGGACAGUUUUUUCCAGUUUAUUCGACACAAUCAAUCUAGAAUCUUGUUGAUGCUAGACGGAUUGGAUGAAUUACCAAAGAACUUGUUUGAUGAAUUUUUGCCUUUGAUUAGAGGAAGAGUUUACCCUCUAACUUAUGUCGUGUUAACAGCUCGACAUGAGGUAGGGAUGAAAGUUCGGAGACACUGUGACGCGCUGUUUGAGAUUGUAGGCUACACCGAAGACGAUGCAGACAGUUACAUCGAGAAGUACUUCAGCAAGCACGAGAAUCCAAGUCUUGCUUGGGCAUUGAUUGAGGAAAUAAGCAAGGAACCACAGCUCAGGGAAUUGACUGCCAAUGCAUUGAACACAGCACUUCUCUGUCUUGUUUUUGAAGAUCUAGGCGGAGUAUUACCUUACAACAGAAGCAUGUUGUAUUUUGAACUUGUUAAUUGUGUUCUUAGAAGAUAUUGUUCAAAUAAAGGAAUCUCUUUGGACGACAAAGAUCCCGUAGAGAAGUACACAGACCAGCUAAAUCAGUUAGGAGAGCUUGCCCUUAAAGCUCUGCUAAAAGAUCAAUUAGCUUUCACUUUAGUGGAGCUGAAAAAUCAGUCAAUCGAAUUCCUUCAGCUUGGAUUUCUUUCACGGGAGGCCAGUGCAAGCAAAAUCAAACCAAAGCCAACGUACUCAUUUAUCCACAAGACUUUUCAGGAAUAUUUUGCCGCAUUUCACAUUGCACAUGAAUUACUAACUACUGACUGGGACAGGGCCGCCUUGCUGGCACAGCUUAGUCCUGUUGAUAAGUACUGGCAGGUGUGGGAGUUUCUCAUCUCAAUGGCUGCAAGGAAAAAUGAUGAUACAGCCAUUUUACUGGUUUCCAGUCUAUGGGCUUCCUUUCAGCACCAAAAGCAAUACCCAAAACAACCGGCUUCAAAAUCGAAGGACUCUCAAGAUUUCUUCUUCAAUGAAUCUUACAUGGAGCCCUCGCUGUGCAGGCUAAAACCACUAGAGUUGGGCUCCACACUUACACGCGGUGAUGUCUUUGAAGCUAACAUACAUGAUUGGCUGCUAGUUAUGCAUUCUCCAGUCGAUGAAGAGAUUUCACUUUUAGAGAAAAUAGUUGAUAUCAUCGAUAAAUGUGAACACCCUGAUAGUAAACUCAAGCCUUACCAGAUCAAGAUGGCUGGUAAACUAGCACAUUGUUUUCCUUUGGAUAAAAUAGGAGUGACCAAGGGGUGUAUUUGCAUUAACUUAGACUCUCGAUUUCAAUUUGUUGUCUCCGAAUAUCUAAAAAGUAACUACAAACUGAACGAACUAGUUUGGGGACUCGACGUAUCAGCUGCAGCAGCACUCGUAGAUGUCCUUCGAACAAGUAAUACUCUGACUCACUUGCAUUUGACGAAUGGCUCGUGCAUCACAUCACUAACUCCAGCUCUUCAGGCGAAUCGCACCUUAACGCAUUUAAGUAUGCGUAAAACCAAAGUCGGUGAUAGGGAAACGAAAGAACUCGCAAAAGUUCUCCGGUUAAAUCACACCUUGACUCAUUUAUGCUUAGCUGAUAAUAAGAUAACACAUAUCGGAGUUGAAGCUUUAGCAGAAGCUUUAAGGUCCAAUAAAGCAUUGGAGAACUUGGAUAUCGGAUAUAACUGCAUUGGUGAUGGGGGAGCCGUGGCCCUUUCGCAAGCUUUGGGGUCUAACCGACCAGUUCAUUCGAAAGAACUCGCAAAAGUUCUCCAGUUAAAUCACACAUUGACUCAUUUAUGCUUAGCUGAUAAUAAGAUAACACAUAUCGGAGUUGAAGCUUUAGCAGAAGCUUUAAGGUCCAAUAAAGCAUUGGAGAACUUGGAUAUCGGAUAUAACUGCAUUGGUGAUGGGGGAGCCGUGGCCCUUUCGCAAGCUUUGGGGUCUAACCGACCAGUUCAUUCGAAAGAACUCGCAAAAGUUCUCCAGUUAAAUCACACAUUGACUCAUUUAUGCUUAGCUAAUAAUAAGAUAACACCUAUCGGAGUUGAAGCUUUAGCGGAAGCUUUAAGGUCCAAUAAAGCAUUGGAGAACUUGGAUAUCGGAUAUAACUGCAUUGGUGAUGGGGGAGCCGUGGCCCUUUCGCAAGCUUUGGAGUCUAACCGAACGUUAAGGUCCUUGAAUGUGGGUGGUGGAUUACCACUUAAAUAUAUUGCGCUUGGUGAUCGAGGGAUAAGAGCUGUAGCACACGCUCUUCGAUGUAAUAAUUCGCUGACUUACCUAGAUGUCAGUGGACACUGUGGUGGGGGAUCAGCAGUGUUAGCGCUUGGAGAAGCACUUCAGUCAAACUGUUCUUUGACUCAUUUAUAUUUGAGGGGUGAAAAUGCUUCCACUACCCGACUUCACUUUGGUAAUUCAGCAGCAGGAGCCUUUUCAAAGGCUCUUCAAUCACGCGACACUCAACUGACCUAUCUAGAUCUACAGUUUACCUCAUUCAGCACAUCAUGUGUAAUAACUUUAGCAGAGGGUCUCAGAGUUAAUGGUACUCUCACGCAUUUAUGUUUGAGAAGCAAUAAUAUUGACUGUCCAGGUGCAGUAGCUCUUGCACAGGCACUGAAAACAAAUCAAACCCUGACUCAUUUGGAGCUUGGAGACAACAAAAUCAGUGAUGCUGGGGUUAAAGAAUUUGUAAAGGUUCUUCAGUGGAAUGAAACUUUGAUGUUUCUAGGCUUGGAUUACAAUCGGAAGAUUGAGUCAGGAAUAGACCUCUGCAAGGUUUUGGGCGGCCGAUGGAAAUCGGAGCCACGUUAUCCUGGCGGCGUAGUGUGGAUUAGGAAUUAACGAGCAUUACCUGCCCAGAGAAUUUGUCUCACUGUUAUUAUGUUGGCCCAAAUCAGGACUAAAUGAAAAUAUUUCAAUUUCUAAAACAAUGGAAAGGAGGUGGUUACACGUACAUGCAAAGUACUCUGAGAAACACUACCGGCCUACUGAAAUUGUGAUCAUUCAAGCAUCACUUGAUGGUAUAGCGUAGACUUUUUAGUCUUGAUGUACCAUGGUUAGAAUUUGGUUUCCGGUUUCUCGCCUUCAAAUUAAGGCCCAUCCGUGUGCAAACAGGUGUAUAAUCAUAUUAUAUUUCUCUGAUUCACGAAAUAUUUUCAAAACAAAGAAAAGGAGAGAAUGGUAGUGAAAGAGGUAACUUGUCAAGAAAUCUAUUUCUCUUUGUAAUGAUAGAAUCUGAGCAAUGCUACGAUGACGACGAGUUAUUGCGUUAAAUCUUAGUAUAGAAUAACCAUGAUCAGCUUCAGGAAAAACAAUAAAUGGAAACUGUCUUUUAAUUUGUUUGGAUAUCUAUCUCACAAUUAAGUUCCUAUUAACUCAUUUCUAUUUUUUUUUCUUUCGAG